AUGGAGAGACCAGCAGGACAUCGAGGUGUGAACCUGGGACGCAGAGGCAAAUACUCCAAGGACCAAGAUGAUGGAAUAUUUCCUCGGGACAAAGCCAAGUGUGAGCAGCUGCUUCUAACUAACAGCAGAAACACUCAGGGUUAUGUUAAUAACUGCACCCAAACAUUCACAUCUCAGGAACUGACAGGUAAAGAUGAAAAACCAAGCUCACAUAUUGACAUAGCAGAAACUGAGAGGCAUGGAUUGAUGCCUGCACUCUUACGUUCAGAUAGCAGAAAACGACAGGCACAGAUGGAUAAGUAUAAUCACCUUGCAGAUACUGAUACGAACAUUCCCACAUCACAAACUAACAGUCAUGUUUUAACAUUCCGGAACAAGGCUUUCUCCCAUCCUUUAUUAGCAUUGCUGACGCCAUCAGGCUAUAAAAAGCGAGCUCUGAGCCCGCUUUUUCUUAUUCUGUGUUGGACAUUGACUGUCGCAGUGGUAGAGGAAAAGAAAGGACAAGUUGCCAAGAAGGGCGCUAAGAAAGCGGUGAAGAGGGCGCCGGUGAAAAGCGGCAAGAAGAGAAGGUCCAGGAAAGAAAGUUACUCCAUCUACAUCUACAAAGUGAUGAAGCAGGUUCACCCCGACACCGGCAUCUCCUCCAAGGCCAUGAGCGUCAUGAACUCAUUCGUCAACGAUAUUUUCGAGCGUAUCGCGGGGGAGGCUUCCCGCUUGGCCCAUUACAACACGCGCAGCACCAUCAGCUCCCGGGAGAUCCAGACCGCCGUGCGGCUGCUGCUGGCCGGGGAGCUGGCCAUGCACGCCGUGUCGGAGGGUACAAGGGCGGUGACGAAGGACACCAGCUCCAAGUGAGACACCACAUUGUACUGAGAAAAACGCAUCCAAAAUCCAACGGCUCUUUUAAGACCCACCCACAGCUUCCCUGAAACAGCUGAACUGUUAUGUUAAUAUCUCUACGACAUUCGCGUUUUAUAAAUCUUCUGUAAAUUAACAAGUGAUCCCUGACCCUGUGCGCGCUUGUUCAUACACAUCUGUAAUCGCUGCCUGUGGACAGGGAUCAUGUUAAACACCAAUGAGCUAUGUUGAGCAAUUUCUGUCUGAUCGUGUUACCCUCGUGUCACUCGAUCGAUUCAGAAGCUACAAGACCCGGUGGGGUAUGAACCGUAACUUUCACUCGCGGCAAACAAAAGGGCAAGCAAGAAAAUAUACUUUUCCUCCGAGUUCCGUUUCACCCUUUUGUUUUA